AUGAUGCUCAAGGCUCGAAGGGAAUAUACCAAAGCGUUAUCUGAAACCAACAAGGGCCUUGCAGAUAUCGCAACAUCCGAUAGGGAUGAUAUUUUGGCCGCGGUCGUUUUACUUGGCAUGUAUGAAGUUGUUACCUGCUCUGAUGGUCAUUUUAUCGACCGAUGGAUGAAGCACGUGGAAGGCGCGGCAAGAUUAGUCGAAUAUCGAGGAUUGAAACAAUUAGAGCGCCGAGAGGGAUUGGAAAUAUUCACCCAACUGCGCUUGCACAUUAACACUUGUGACAUUUAUCGAAAAAGACGCAGCACCGCACUUUACAUCCGGCUGACAGAAAACGCGAUGAAGUAUCGGGAUGAAAAUGAUCAGAUCAUCGAUCUUCUUUGCCUCGAAGUCAUCAAAUUGGCCGAUUUACGAGCAUCGAUUGAUGAUGGGAGCAUCUUUGAUCCCGGCGAGAUCAUUCGUAAAGCCCUAACCAUCGAUGCAAACCUCGCAUCACUUUUCAUAAGUGUCCCAACGCCUUGGCAGUACCAAGAAAUUGAAAAUCCGUUCUCUAAUGGACCUCAAAUUGGCCGAACUGUUUGGGGCAACACCUAUCAUUUAUAUGGAAGUCUAAGAGCAAGCAACAUGUGGAAUAACUGGCGCUCUGUGCGAAUCCUCUUGCAUGAACUCAUCAUCGAAACUGUGGCAUCUCUAGAAGGCUGUUCUCCUGGCCCCGAGCGUCGACAGCAACUCGCAUUGGCUGCUCAUAGUCGAUUUAUCGCUUCACAGUUGGUGGAGGAUAUAUGCGCGAGUGUGCCUUACCAUCUUGGCGCAGGAACAGAGGACAACGAUCAAGUCCCGUUGCCAGUGACAGGAGCAGGAGGUUUCUGUCUGAUGUGGCAAUUACUUAUUGCCGCUAACUCGGGUCUUGCUUCUCAGGAUCUGCGUUCAUGGAUUAUGGACUGUCUUGAUAAGAUUGGGUAUUCGAUGGGAAUUAAUCAGGCUUUGGCGAUGUCGCAACUCUUACGCGCAGGAAAACAGUCAGAAUCAUUGCAUCUGCCGGAGAAUCAUACCUUGGGAAUGGGAAGAAAUCAUUUUGUGGGACUUAUAGAGGAAUAG